CGCAAACAGAGGAUCUACUCCGACGCGUCCCCCUCAUCUACCUCCCCAACCAAAGCAAAAAGGAAAAGAAGAACCAGCAAAAUGUCCACCGACCACCACCGCAAAAUCGAACUCCAAUCCGCCGCCGACUUCACCUACCUAUACGCCAACACGGUCGCGCUCUCGCGCCAAAAACUCGAUCUGCAUCUUCCCCCCUCCACGAAUCCCAAUGAUGGACCGGAUCCGAUGCGCGAGCGUGUGAGGGAGUUAGUUGAUGAGUACAUCCACCACACAUUCACAACCGCCUCCUCCUCAAUCAGCAUCAACGGCCUAGAUUCCACAUCCCCCGAGUUUCCCUUCCCGGGGGCCUUCACCGCCCCCACGGAACAAGUCGAGUUCGAGGCAUAUGACGGGAAACUAGCGGCGCGGGUGACGUCGUUAUAUGCGCAGUUGGAGUCGUUGACCACGACGGUGGCGCAGUUGAGACGCGAUGCCCCGGGUCGCGCGGCUAGGUUGUAUGCGGAGCAGUUGAGGAGGGCGAUUUUGGAGGAUGAGGAUGAGGAUGAGGAGGGGCAAGAUGAGGAGGUGGAGGAGGGAUUGAAGGAGGAGAGUGAGCAGAGUGCGGAGGGUGAGGGCGGGGAGGGGAGGGAUACGGAGAUGCCUGAUGCGGAUGUCAAUGGGAAUACGAAUGGGAAUGCGAAUACGGAGGAAAAGAAGACGGAGAAGAAGACGGAGACAAGGAGAAGACCGAUGACGAGGGCCCGGGCAAAGUUGGAGCUUUCGCUGGGAUCGGAGCAUGAGGCGGAGCGUUGGCGGAGUGGUGAGAUGGCAGAGGUGUAUGAGGACGCGUUGCGGACGUUGUUGCGGCUUCAAGGAGAGGGCGUGCCCGGCCAGGAGCUGUCUAGUGCUGAAGGACCGGACGGGAAUGCCCUGGCUUCGACGCUGGGCAAGGCCGAGCGAGCUGGACGGGCUGUCGAGGUGGUGGAGAAGAAGAAAUGAGCAUUCCUGGGUUUAUAUUUACAUCGGAUUUUGUUACUGGUACGGGUCGGCGUGGAGGUCUUGGAUGAUACCAUGGGUUUACGAGGAUUUACAAUAAUGAACAACUGCUAUCAGG